AGCCAUUGCAGUGCAAGAGUGUGUAAAAUCCCACAGGUGGUUUCACAGUGCUAUGCGAAAUACAGAUAUCUCUACUUGUUUAACGUUUGAUAAUUCUAAACAUAGAUACUUUGUUUUCUAGUUUCCACAGGACCUAUUGCAUCCAUUAAAGCUAAAUAAUAGUAAACAAUAGGUAUGGUUUGUUCAGGUUAUGAAGAGCAAGAUGUAAUUCUAAGCAAUUGGUAACUUUAAAACACUUAAGAGAAAUUUCAAGUUUUGUUCUAUAAUGUACGUUACCUGGUACGCAUGUACAUGUUUAUGCGGCAAGCUAUGCCGUCUAUUUUAAUCGAUAAAGAUGAAAAUGUUCAUAAAUGAGAAUUGCUAAGCUAAAACGUUUUGAAAAUCAUGUAUGAAUGCAUAAUGAAGCUCUUGGAGAGUCGUGUCUGCUUCUGUUUUCUCAGGGCCUACAAAGUCUGUUCAGCUGUACAGUUCUGCACGCAUUCAAACGGACUUACUUGUAAGGUUACGCUUUCAAAACUGGCCAUGGGCUCCCCAUGAGCUAGAUGCAUAUGUAAGUAAGUGCUUGAUGAUAAUUCAGAUGUCAGGGAAUAUUUGAAUGCUCCAACAUGGGAAGCUACUCUUACAGCAGAUUCAAUCUUGAGUAGCACUUAGUGACUUCUUUGCCCCUGAGCCCCACAGUAAGGACUUGAGCAUCUGUGCGCUUGCAGAAGCAGGACAGGCAGGGUCUUGGAACUAAUAUCCUGCAGGUAGUGGCAGGAUGGGGAAGGGGCGUGGUUGUGCAGAAUCCAGCCAAAAUGAUGAGGUGUCACUUCCCAGGUUAAAUUAUGAAGCUAUGGUUUGUUUACCUCUUGGGCAGGUUCUCAAGCUUCCCAGCUCUGAGGAAAUCCAGACUGUAUGUGAUCUCCCUUAGGGCACAAUCUACACAAAAGCAACUCAUGUUUCUGUGGAACAGUCAGCGAGUCAGUGAGGGGGGCUUAGGGCUGGAACGGAAGUUCUUCCUAAAGUCAAGCUUUUAGAUAACAGUAGCCCUGACAGCAGUUGACUGUAGCCCAGUGACUAAGAACACAGGUUGGAAGGACCUAUCUCAACUGUUCCUAGGUUCCUGGUACACAUAAAAUGGGAGGUAGAAUGCAUAUUCGCAUUUUAAAGCCACUAAAAUUUUGUUAUGUAACAAUUAGAUAGCUCUCCUGGACCUGGGCCGUUUUAGGCAACCAAUUUUGAGGCUGCCAAAUUUUGAGGCAACCAAUGAUGAAAAUUUGGAACUUAAAUAUUCACAUGAUAGCAGUAAUAACAUUUCCAAAAUUCUGAAGCUACAUAUUGUUCAAAUUGCACACACUGUUGUUUUCAGGUUCAAAAACAUGAAUUCCAACAAUUUCUGUCUUGAAGUUUUAACUGCUAGAACCUCAGAAAAUGAGGUUGGAAAAGUGUGGGGUCAUUUCAGAAAAUUAGUUAAGGAGAAAUCAGUUAAAAUUAGUUAAGGAGGAGGGUAGGCACUAAAUCUCAUGACUGUUGUUAUAAAAAGGAAAAUUUGGACAUAGAGACACAUACAGGGGAAUGCUGUGUGAAGCCAUACAGGGAGAAGGUGGCUGUUUGCCAGCCAAGGGGAGAAGCUGGGAAUUCACCUCCACCCAACAGGUUUUAGGAACCAGCCACAUUGAUUCCUCCUCAGAGACUUCUAAUUUCCAGAACCACAAACAACACAUUUCUGUUGUUCUGUCUCCCCAAUUUGUGGCACUUUGCUAGGCAGCUGGAGAAAACCAGUACCGAGGUAUUUCCUGAGUUGAGUAUCACAAAUUCUUCCAGUAACAACGGAAGGUCCUUUGUUGAAAAAGAAUGUGAAGUCAUGAAGUCACUUUCGCAGUCUAUUUUUAAGGUACUAAGUUCUGGCAACCACGUGUUUCCUCUCUAUAAAUAUUAGCACAGGCUCUGUUCUUCAGCAGUUGUUGGACUUCAGCAUGAUUACUUCUCAGCUGCUGGCUUGCAGGGCCGUUUUGCUUCUCUGUGUCUUGAAAGCCAGCUCCCAGGAUACUUUCCUUGCAGCCGUAUAUGAGCAUGCGGUGAUUCUGCCCAGUACCACCCUAGAGCCAGUGUCUCGUGAAGAGGCACUGAGGUUAAUGAAUCGGAAUCUGGAUGUUAUGGAAAGAGCGAUUGCUUCAGCAGCAAAGCAGGGUGCACAUAUUAUUGUGACUCCAGAAGAUGGUAUCUAUGGUUGGAAUUUUAAUAGGGCAACUCUCUAUCCAUAUUUGGAGGACAUCCCAGACCCUCAAGUAAACUGGAUCCCUUGUAAUAAUCCUAACAGAUUUGGCCAUACUCCAGUGCAAGAAAGACUCAGCUGUCUGGCCAAGGACAACUUUAUCUAUGUUGUGGCAAAUAUGGGAGACAAGAAGCGAUGCAAUGGCAGUGACCCUCAGUGUCCUUCUGAUGGCUGGUACCAGUACAAUACGAAUGUGGUGUUUGAUUCUCAGGGAAAACUCGUAGCACGCUACCAUAAGAUCUGUACCCUGCUGAAGUGUAAAAGGGCAGACUUACGCACUUGUGGACACUCAGUUGAAACAGCUUCCACCAGGUUUGAUAUGUUCUCCCUUAGUGGUACUUUUGGAACCCAGUACGUCUUCCCUGAGGUGUUGCUGAGUGAGAUUAAGCUUGCACCUGGGGAAUUCCAGGUGUCAAGUGAUGGACGUUUAAUGAGCUUGAAGCCAACAUCUGGACCUGUCUUAACAGUAACUCUGUUUGGAAGGUUGUAUGAGAAGGAUCAGGCAUUAAAUGCUUCCUCAGACUUGACGGCACAAACACUGAGCAUCCUUGCUGCUGUUUCGGCAUGUAUUCUGUGCUCAUUAUACUGGUAGAAUAUUCGUAUUUCCUUUCUUUUCCUUGGGACAAUUUAAGAAGUGGUGGAUGAGAAAAUGAUUGGUUUGGGCUUUUGCUAAUAGUGGUGUCUGAUGUAUGUGAAUUACAAAUAUACAUUCGUGUUCAGAAGAACACACACCAAUAUAUAUAUUAAUCUAAAAGUGACUUGAGUGUUGUUCUUUCCUGGAACUGGACUGUUUGCAUAGGAUAAGAAUCACAAAUAUUUUAUGCAGAAGAAAUAAAAAUUAUAUCAAAUCUAUCCUAAAAUUCACUGAAGUCUGAAAUCCUUACCUCCUCUAUUAUAACAUGUAUCUCUUAAUACAUUAUGCUUAAACUUUCUAAUAAUUU